AUGUUCCCAAAUUUCUUAUUACCGUCUAGGGUAACCGAAGAAAUGUGGUGGAACCUAGCAACCAUUUCUCCCUUUGGACUCCAGCGUAUGCAAGGGGGUAAUCCGCGAAAAUAUGGCAAACAGAAAUUAGUAUGUAGGCACAAACUCCUCGAAAGGAUGGGGUAUCGCAUUGGGGACGGUUACAUCUAUUAUUCAUUAGCGGUUCCCGAUUCUAUAUCCGAAUACGGUGCCACAAGCCCACGGACUUGGGUCUUUAACUUUCAACUCUCUCCGGCUCCACUACCUGCGAUAUGGAAAAUCUUAAUUCUUGAAGCCAUGUAUUUACACAACUUUCUUUUCAGUCUCGCUCGUAACGAGUCUAGUAUCACGAGCUGCCCCCUAGAGUACUGUCGCCGAAAUUCCGAAUCAAGUGUCACGUGCCCUUCACCUGAAACCAAGGAUCUCGCAUAUUCUUCAAUAAAUAGAGUGGUUGAUGUCACCGAUUCCUGUCGCCUUGUGAUGCGGCAACCAUGCGCAGCACUGUUAGCGCGGAGAACACUCAGCUUCCUAGACCUUUAUAUUAUCGCUCAAUACACUCAUAUGGCUCUCACCACUAAGUUUAACUCGCCUAUCCACAACCCCAGCCUGCCUUUCCUCUGUCCCUAUCGAGAAUUCGAAGCGGAUGCUCAGUAUUCUCAACUAGCGAAAUUUCGAAGUCCACAUUAA